AUUCGCGGGAAAAAAGAGGGGGGAAAAAAGAUGGCGCUCCGGAGCUUCAGCAUCUUCAGUUUGCAAGAGCCGCCUAAGGCGGAACAGACACCUUUCUGAAGCGAGGCGGGGCGUGCAAUGGGUCGCCGCGGGGAAUCGGCUCUCUGAGCUCCCCCGGUGGACUCUGAGAAAGUCCGAUCGUCCGGGGGGGUGUAUUUUUCCUUCCCCCCCUCCUCUUCUUUUGGCACUUUCCUCUUCGCAAUGGAGCAAGACAGGCGCUGAUCCCGCAGGAAAAAGAAGACGCGUUUCGAUACAGAAAAUCGCACCCACCCCAGGCCCAUGGAGAACACCAAUGUUAGGCAUGUCUUUGCGGCCGCCAGACAUCUUCAGGAAUCCACGGUGGACUUGGCCACCAAGAACCACAACAGCCAUCAAGAAUUGAUGGUCAAGUUGAUGGAGGGACAGUAUGUUUUGUGUCGUUGGACUGACGGGCUCUAUUACCUUGGGAAGAUCAAGAGGGUGAGCGGCUCUAAGCAGAGUUGCCUGGUGACCUUUGAAGACAACUCCAAAUACUGGGUUCUUUGGAAAGACAUCCAACAUGCUGGUCUGCCCGGUGAAGAGCCAAAGUGUAACAUCUGCCUGGGAAUGACGACGGGGCCCCUGAACGAUAUCUUGAUAUGCGGGAAAUGUGGACUUGGUUACCACCAGCAGUGUCAUAUCCCAGUGGUGGGCAGCCCCGAGGGUUCCUUGGUGUCACCGUGGUUCUGUCGGAGAUGUAUCUUUGCCCUGGCUGUGCGGAAAGGUGGAGCCCUGAAGAAAGGCGCCAUUGCGAGGACGCUGCAAAUGGUCAAGAUGGUGUUGUCCUAUAAUCCGGAGCAACUGGAGUGGGACUCUCCCCAUAGGACCAAUCAGCAGCAGUGUUACUGUUACUGUGGUGGCCCUGGCGAGUGGUACCUGAAAAUGCUGCAGUGCUACCGCUGCCGACAAUGGUUCCAUGAAGCCUGCACGCAAUGCCUUAGUGAUCCAAUGAUGUUUGGAGAUCGAUUUUAUGUUUUCUAUUGCUCGGUGUGUAACCAGGGCCCAGAGUACAUCAAACGUUUGCCCUUGAGAUGGGUGGACGUGGUGCAUCUUGUACUCUACAACUUGGGCGUCCAAAGUAAGAAGAAAUAUUUUGACUUUGAGGAAAUCUUAGCCUUUGUCAAUCACCACUGGGACCUUUUGCAGCUUGGGGAGCUGACUGCGACCCCCAUAGCAGAGCGAGGCCCCCACCUCCUUGAUGCACUAAACAGCUACAAAAGCAGAUUUCUAUGCGGGAAGGAAAUCAAGAAGAAGAAAUGCAUUUUCCGCUUGCGCAUCCGGGUCCCGCCCAACCCGCCGAGCAAACUCCUGCCCGAGAAGAUCCCUGCACCGGUUGACGGUAGAGCAACUGAGCCAAAGAAAAGAGGGAGACUCAAGUACUCCCACAAAAACAGUUCAUUGCCGCACGAUCUCCAGCAGGAAAGGAGAAGGAAAAGAUCAAAGUUUCUCUUGGAGGAUGCGAUCCCUAGUAGUGAUUUUGCCUCUGCUUGGAGCACAAACCAUCACCUGGCCAGCAUCUUUGAUUUCACGUUGGAUGAAAUUCAGAGUUUGAAAAGCGGGAGUUCGAGCCAUACUUUCCUUUCUGACGUGGAUUCCACGGAUGCCGUCAGCACUUCAGGUUCAGCCACAACCAGCCUGUCCUAUGAAUCAAGCAGAAGAAACGUGGGCAGUCGGAAGCGCAAGUUGUCAGCUAAAACCUACACAGCCAUCGAGGCGAAGCAGAAAUGUUUGGAACGCCCCCAGAGGAUUACCCCCGCCUGUUCCUCCGAAGACAGUGAGGCAGCCUGCGGCCCGGAUCGUCCGGACAACGCCAUCAACUGCCCCACCUUCGAGAGCAUGAGCGAGGACGACUCGUCACUUUCCCACUUGAAGUCAUCCAUCAGCAACUACUUUGGCGCCGCUGGCAGGCUGGUGUGCGGAGAAAAGUACCAAGUGUUGGCCCGUAGGGUGUCCCCAGGGGGUAAAGUCGAGUACCUAGUGGAAUGGGAGGGUACCACUCCCUACUGAGUUUGCAUGAGUUAUCUGGGACAGUUUGACCUUGAGAAAGGAAAAGGGGGUGGGGGGAAUCAACUCAAAGCCAGUCAUGUGACCAGACGAGGAAGCCAUAUUGGGCCAUGCCUGUUUUGGAGAGAGCCUGCUUAGCACUUAUUUCGGAGAGCACAAUCCAAAUGUGUCCUUUGUACACCAGCAUGUGGUCACUCCUUGGGACGGAGGAUGGGAGCCGAGAAAGACUUUGAAGAGGUGUCUCUGAGAGCCUUCAUCAGAACGGCGAUUUGUGUUGUGAACGACAUACGAAGUGUAAUCGUGUUGCUUUUAACACUGCCUCUUUUCAGGGGGAGAGGAGGAGGGAACAUGUGGGUUGCACCCAUACGAUCAGUGUUAUCAAGACUGGCUGUUUCCAGAGGGAAUCUCUCUGCUUGCCUGAUGAGGGAAAUGGAUGGUGCCAUUUUGGGAUGGGAUAGCCAGUGAAACUGUCCAGGUGCUUAACCAAGCAGGGAAUGGGACCUUUCUCGACGGGGAUUGGACAGAGACCAAAGAGAUGGAGUGAUUUAAGAAUGGGUGUGAGCGUGGUGUAGUAGUGGCGAACUGGAGCCAGCCAGUGGGUCAGAUCUUUAUCUCUCCAUCCACCCCAGCCCAGACCCCAGCAGGGUUGCCCGCUUAUCAAUCGCCUGAUGUCACAAUGAUGACCUGUGUUUGCCCACACAGACAAUCUUUGGUUGAUAUCUGGGGAAUUGCGUAGCUCCAUGUGCGGUGCUUUGCAAACCCAGCCAAUCGGCUGAUUGUCAGCACUUUGCAGGGCACUGUGUGCACGUGUUUGCAGGUGCUGCCGCUCAGCUGAUCGGCACUGCUUGCAAAACUCCCUUGGCCCAGCUGCGUCUUUGCCUGCCCCACACCCAGUAUCAUAUACAAUACCAGGUGUAGUUCAGCUGAGCGUGGCUUUGCCGAAAUGGCCUUGUGAGUGAAACGGGGAAGACUUUCAGGCCUAAUGAGACCUGCAGGCUGGGGAUUCCUCACGUCUGGCGUAAUGGCUAGGUGAGGGUCAGGACAGGAUGCCAUGGGUUCAAAUUUUGCCUCAUCCGUGAACUCACUAGUAGGCCUAAGGCAGGCUCCUGUUUUCUCCACUUCUCUCUGCAGAGCGGGGAUAAUCGUCUUUGCCUAACUUCACUGAGUUGUUGCCGGGAUGACUGAAACGUUGCAAAAGAAGGGGAGAUUUGAGUGCUGGAAAGGGGCCGGGACAGACUCAUGCCACAUCCCCACUGUACGUUUAAAGCACUAUGAUAUCACUUUAAAUAGUACCCCAAAGAAUCCUGGGAGCUGUAGUUUGUUAAGGGUGCUGAGAGUCAUUAGGAGACCCCUGCUUCCCUCACAGAGCUACAGUUAAGAACACAAGAAGAGCCGUGCUAGAUCAGGCCAGUGGCCCAUCUAAUCCAGCAUCCUGUUCUCACCGUGGCCAAUCAGAUGCCCCUGGGAAGCCCAUAAGCAGGACCUGAGCGCAAGACCACUCUCUCCUCCUACGGCUUCUAGCAACUGAUAUUUGGAAGCAUGCUGCCUCUGACUAUGGUGACUAACCAUCGUGGCUAGUAGCCAUCAAGAGUCUUCCGUGAAUCUGUCUAAUCCUCUUUGAAAGCCAUCCAGGUUGGUGAUGGCUAUCACUGCCUCUUGUGGGAGCGAAUUCCAUAGUUCUAACUCUGUGCUGUGAGAAGAAGUCUGUUCUUUUGUCUGUCCUGAAUCUUCCAACGUUCAGAUUCGUUGGAUGUCCACAAGUUCUGAUGUUAUGAGAGGAGAACAACCUUUUCUCUAUCCGCUUUCUCCGUGCCAUGUGUAAUUUUAUACAUGUCUAUCAUGUUGCCUCUAACUCACCUUUUCUCUAAACUAAAAAGUCUCAAAUGCUGCAACCGUUCUCCGUAGGGAAGUCGCUCCAUCCCCGUGAUCGUCCUGAUUUCCAACUCUACAAUAUACUAGGCAGAGGGAUUUAUUUGUUGAGCCACUCUGACAGUUGUAGCUCUGUGAGGGGAAUAGAGGUCUCCAAACAACUCUCAGCACCGUUAACAAUCGACAGCUCCCAGGAUUCUCUGGGGAAAGCCAUGACUGUUUAAGGUGGUAUGAUACUGCUUUAAUUGUAUGGUGUGGAUGUGGCCUACAUUGCUAAAAGGACAAUUGGCAAACCGUUGCCAGCCUCUGAGGAAUGAGAAUUUGAAAUGUGCUGCUACACAGUUGUGGUGUGUGAGGUGGUGCACUGUUCCUGUGCUGCCCUCCUAGCUGUGGUGGUGGUGCUGCUGCUUGAUGGGACCAGAGCAGGGAAGCAAUAGGCUGGCAGUGGAGGUCAACACAGGGUGCAUGCAUGUACGCCCUCUGCUGCCAUCAGCCACUGAUGUUCCCCUGUCCUUACUGCCAUCCCAGCCUCCCCACUCCUAUUCCUGGUGAGCGCUAUCACCACCAUAGCCGGGAGACCCACACAGUGGCAGCGCCCCACCUUGCACGCUGUGGCUACAGCUACAGUGUAUUACCAGGCAAAGCUCCAGUAUCAUUUGAACCUACGUAUCUAUGCUAUGCAUUUUAAACUGGUUUGAAACCAGUUUUAACACCCAUAAAUUUCCUUUUCACAACUUUGGGAAUGGUAGCUUUGAGAGGUAGCGGGGAGUUCUUUGUUGAAGGUCAUUCAUCCCAUAGAUAACUUUGGGUGCUAGUCCUACUCAGAGUAGACCCACUGAAGUUUAUAGGCGUGGCUAACAUAGGCUCAUUCAUUUCAGUGAGACUAUGUGCAGGAGUUAGGUGACUACAACCUGUCAAUUUUCAGAGUUGUAGUCAACCAAGUUCUACUCAGAGGAGACCCACUGAAAUUAAUGGGACUAAGUUAGCAUUGUCCAUUAACUUCAUUGGGUCUAGGACUAGUAUUGGAUAUAACCCCCAGAAUCCCUUGGCUGAGAGUUAAAUUGGUUUAAAUUGCAGAGUUGACCACCAAUGAGAGACUAAACUAAAGCUUAUCUAGGCCCCUGGCUGUGGUGGAAGUGGGGCCUCACUUUGAUAUAUGGGACAACAGGGUAGAAUUGGUCAGUGAUGACAGAAUCCUCGCUCUGAUUUGGCUUCAGAUGCCAUCAGUCAGCCAAAUCCCAUUGGCUUAUGUGGUGUUGCCAUGAAGUAGAAUCAGAGUGAUGGCAGGAAGCAUUGCCCUUGCUCUGAUGUAGCUUCAGAUGUCACGACUCACCUAAAUCUUAUUGGCUUUUAUGGUGUUGUUAUGAAGGCAAAUCACAGUCAGGGGAACGGCAAAAAGAAUUAUUACUUUCUGGUGGCUUGCUGAUAAUUUUUAGGAGAAAUGUAGUGGAAGGGAUAUAGCUCAGUGGCGGAGCAUCUGCCUAGCAUGCAGAAGGCCCCAGGUUCAAUCUCCGGGUACGGCUGAGAGAGGCUCCUGCCAAAAAUCCUGGAGAGCUGCUACCAAUCAGUGUCAACAAUACUGACCUAGAUAAUGUUCUGUCUCAGUAUAAGGCAACUUCCUAUGUUCCUAUGUUUUUUAAAAAGGUAUUCAGUGCACCAGGGGACACAAUUAUAACUCUCAUGAACAUGAACUUCCAGUAGUUCAAGCCCAACCUGUUUGCUCAAGAACUUUGAACUGAGCCUCAGUCCGAAUCCCUUACUUUGUUAAGAGCUUCUCAGGAUCUGUGCCUUACUUCUGUACUGUCUGCAUGCUCUACAGUAGGGAUGGUCAGCUUGGGAGUCUGUGGAUUGGAUCGGGUCCCUGAAGCAAUUUUUAUUCAGCCCUGGGCAGCCCUAUCAAUUUUUAAUCAAUUUGUGUGCUAAAAGUGUGUCUGCACUUUUGCUCAUAAGGAAAAGCAGGGAGGACAGAAAUAUGGGGAUUUGGCUUCAUGGUGACAAUAUGUAAGAUGAUGCCUGAAGCCAGAUCAGAGUGAGGGCAAAGCUUCCUCCCCUUGCUCUGAUUUAACUGUACAACAGACACCAAGUCAGUUUUAGCUAGGGUUGGUAUCAGCACCUGGCAUCCAUGGGUAGUUCCUGGAACACCAGGAGGGCUCACCACUGACACCUGUCUUUUUUUGCCACCAUCUUACUUCCCCACAAUGCCACAAAGGUAAAAUGGCAGCCACAUGCCACCACCCAUCACUACUCAAAGCGCUGCUGCUGCUGCCGCUCCCAGAUAAUCCCACCAGGGCCUUCCAAUGGCUCCUCAAAUCCACAGCCGGCCCUACUUUUAAGCCAAGGGUGGGAGAACCUGUGGCCCUCCAGAUCCCUGACCAUUGUCCAUGGUGGCUGGGGCUGAUGGGAGUUGGAGUCCCAACAAUAUCUGGAGGGCCAAAGGCUCCCCAUCCCUGUUUUAAACCUUUUCUUUGGCCCGAUUUCUGCACAUGCCCUCAAUUCUGAGGUGGUAGUUUGUCACCAGCUUUGUGUGAGGUAAAUGAGGUACCUCUUGCAGUAGGAGACUUGGAGCUAGCCAACUGACCCAGUGAAGCGGAGAAUCAAAAUUGUUCCGCAGCAGAUAGAAAGCUGAGGUUUGGCACACACUUCAUCCAAUAGGCCCUGAUUAUGAGGAAAAGUCUGAAAAGGGGACGUUUGCUCAAAAUGGAGAUUUGCUUCUGCCUCUUAGCAUUCUUCUUGACAGGGAAUGGGGUGCCACUAUGGAUGAACACAUAGAAAUGACCGAGCAAUGGCUUUUCAAAAGAAAAUUAAAAAUCCGCUGUGCUCUUCAGAAGAGGGAAUCUGCAGAGCCAGCUGAAUUUGGUUGUAUUUGCACGUUUCAAUUCUAGACACCCCCCCCCCAACAGAGCAGAUUUAUCUGUUGUGGUGAGAGAAAUGGGGGGAACGGGGCUCUCCAAACAUCUUCUCCCGAAGAGAUGAAUUUUUACAGUAGUUUGGAUUGAUCUUCUUAAUGCUUCUGUGCACCUUCUUAUUAAAAAGAGACAGAGAGAAAUAAAGAUUUGCCGUCUUUCAAGUUGCUGCUUUUUAAUAACUGACCUUUUGUUUUGUUAUAUUCAAGUUGUAAUUAAUAUGACAGA